AUGAGCUCAGACCCUUCCAUUAAGCUAAAGUCAGCCAAGGACUCAUUAGUAGCUUCCUUAUUCGAAUUAGGAAAAUGUGCUAGCACUACUGCUGCUAAUAUCAUAGAUUUCUAUAAUGCCAUUGGUGAAGACGAAGAGGAAAAAAUUGAAGCUUUCACCACUUUGACAGAAUCUUUACAAAAAUUAACCUCUUCAACAAAUAGUCUGCAUUCAAUCACAACCGAUUUGCUAAACCCGAUCGAUUAUGAAAAAGACUUGCUAGGUUCAAACUCUUCCUCUAGUGCCACCUCUGCAAAGGCUAAUAAAUCAGAUGCAAACCAAUCUACAACUGCCAAUGCAAAGCCUGCAAAGAGAAAGAUUGAACGUGAUCCAAACGCUCCAAAGAAACCAUUGACUGUCUUCUUCGCUUAUUCUGCCUACAUCAGACAAGAAUUACGUCAAGAAAGAGAGAGAAGUGGUUUGGCUCCAUUGUCCUCAACAGAAAUUACUCAAGAAAUCUCUAAAAAAUGGAAAGAAUUGAGUGAUUCUGAAAAGGAAAAAUGGAAGCAAGCUUAUCAUAUAGAAUUAGAAAAUUAUCAAAGGGAAAAACAAAAAUACCUAGAAGCUAAGAAAAAUGGUACUUUGCCAAGUUCAGUUGUACCACCAACUCAUGCUCCAGUAGGCAUCCCAGUAAGCUUACAACAUACAAAUGGCCACUCCGAAAAGAGAUCUCGUGAAGAUGGAAGUUCCUCUGAAAAGAAAAAGAAAAAGAAGAAGAAGGAUAAGAAGAAAGAUAAUUGA